AUGGAUUUUUUGGAUCCCAAUAAUGAUUGCGGACAAGCACUCUUGAAAUUAGCAGGUAAUGGUUCUGCUAUUCUCGCUGAACUUUUAAGACUGUCAAAUCAUAUUCCAGAUGUUUUCCUUUUCGAUUCUUCAUCCAAGGAAAAAAAGAAGGACGAGAAGAACCAGGAGAUUAUUAUGAUUAAUGGAGAAGCAAUUGACUCUGCCACAGCCCAUCUUUUAUACUACGAGCAAAAGAAAUACGAGAAUAUUCUGUUUGAUUUUCAAUACUUGAAGAACUAGGAUAUAUAUGACGCUAAAAUUCAAGGCAACAUUGAUUACAUAGAUCUUGAUGAGAAUUUCAGAGAGUCUUAUAUGGAAAUCAUUGAGAGAUUUUUCUAAGUCUUCGAUUCCAUCUAUAAUUACUAUAAAGAGUUUAAGACUUUUAUUGCUAAUGUAAAUGAGGGCUACUUCAUAGACUUCAACCUUGAGACUAUUUUGCAGAACUAAGAGGGUAAAAGAUUGUUGAUUGAAGUGUUUUACCUUUAUGGUGUGAUGCUUAUACUUUAGGAUAGACUUAUUCCGGCUAUUGCCAGAGAAAGAUUAGUUGUUUGCUAUAUAAGAUAUAAGGGCUAGAAUAGCAGUGAUUAUGUAAAUGAGGUUUGCAAACUUGUCAAGACAACUGGAUACUCUUUUAAUUCUAAGACAAAAGCUGAGACUUUUCCACCCAAUUAUCCUAGUGAUUACUUUAGCAGAUUUAAUAUUGACAGAGUAUUAAUUGAGCAGUUGAUUAACACUUUAAAAGAUGAUGAUGUGUACAAUCAACUUGCAGCAUAUCCCAAUCCAGAACAUAGAUCCGUAGCCCUAUCCAACCAAGCUUCUAUAAUUUUUACGCUCCUCUCUUUCUGUCCAAAAAUUCUACAAAAUGAAAAUGCCAAGAUGAGAGAAAUAGUUGACAAGCAUUUCCCAGAUAACUGGGUUAUACCUAUUUAUCAAGGACAUCUUGUUGAUUUGACUGAGUUCUGGAGUCCAUUCCCAGCAGCUAUGAAAGCGCUUAGUAAUAAUAUAGUGAUUGAGAAUAUUAGAAAAAUUGCUUAAACCCAUCUUUAUAAAAUGCAAGAUUGCUUAAAAAGAUUAGACAAGUAUAUCAUAGAAGGAUAACUUCAAGAAGAGUUUGUGCUCGACCAUGUUAAGGAGCUAAUGAAUUGUCUCAGAGAUUGUAACGUGACAAUAAGAUGGAUCCUUAUCCAUAGAAACUGCAAAAACAAAAAGUUCAAAGAAGUAAUAGAUCAGUGCAGUACUCCAAAAGAAAUUAUCAAUCUACUCUUGAAUCUCUCAAAGUUUGAACAUUAACUCAAGAACAUGUUUCAAAAACUUGUUAGUCAAAAGCAUAAUAUAUGGGCAGAGGAUAAAUAAAAGUGUUAUGAAAAUAUGAAUGAAAUAGCAGAGUACUUCAGUGGUAACAGAAACUGGGGUAAAAAUACAAUAGAUGAAAACUAUGCUAACUGGUUUAGAAACGUCACAAAUAUUGUUGAAAGCUUGGACUAUAAGCAUUCAACUAAAACUGGAAGAAAAAUCUAAUAACUUAUAUAGGCCCUUGAAGAUGUAUAAGUCUAUGAUGUGAUUGAGAGAAGUGUUUAGAUUAAAUACUACAUUUCUGAGACUUAAAAAGCACUUCAUCAUAUGGUUAGAAUAGUAAAUGUUAAAAGAUAAAUUCUUGUAAACAUUUCCUAUAUUACAGAUUUUGCAUAUGCAUGGCUUCUUAUAGAAGACUAUGUUCCAAUAAUGCAAGAGGAAAUUAAAAUGGAACCAAAAGUAGUCUUAUCUUUGAAAACAGUAUUUAUGAAGCUUGCCUCCAUUAUGAAUUAAUCUCUGGUUAGAAUCAUUGAAUCAGGAUCUGAGGAUUUGAGAUCUGUCGCAAAUUAUUAUUCAGGAGAACUUGUAAAGUUUGUUAAAAAGGUCUUAUAAGUAAUCCCUACAAAAAUCUUUUCACUUUUAGAGUCAGUUUCAGUGAUUUUGACUUAAAAUGUUAAAGAAUUUGAGGUUAAGCUUUCCAAAGAAGAAUUGAAAGAGCAUGCCUAAUUUGAUCAUAGGUUUUAACUAGCAAAACUGACCCAUGAGGUCUCAGUCUUUACUGAAGGAAUGCUUGUUUUAGAUAAGACAUUGAUGGGAGUCAUAGAGAUUGAGCCCAAAGAAAUUUUAAUUGAUGGCAUACGUAAAGAGCUCGGCAAAACUUUGGCGCACAUACUGCAUGAGGGAUUUAUUUUCAAAAAGGGUUAAGCUAAUGAAGAGUUGGAGGGUAAGCUUAGAGCUUUGAGAGAAAAAGUGAAAGGACUGAAGAGAUCAAUUGAAUAUAUCUAAGAUUUCUUAAACGUCUAUGGCGAGAAAAUAUGGAGCGAGGAGUUAAGCAGGAUCAUCGAGUUUGCAGUAGAAAAAGAAGCAACAGCACUUGUAUCCAAAAAGUACUCAACAUCUUUGGCUGAAGCUCAAGAGAACUAUUUCAUUCCUAACUUCAUUCCUGAUAAUAAUGAUUUCACCUUUAUGGGUAGAGUUCUCAGACAUAUUACUGAGACCAUUAGUAAAGGUUGUUACAUUGACCAUUUAUCCUCAUGGUAUGAUCAGACUGGUAAUUAAAUGUUUGGGUUAAGGUAUGUCAAUUAUGUUCAAGACUAUCUCGGUACUACUUUCCUCUAGGGUCUGGAUAAAUUGAUUGUUUAUUCAAUUGUGUCCGAGCUAAAUAAAUUCUGCAGAUUCUAUGGUCUCCAAAUUGGAGGUGGUGGUAUUUCCGAUGACAAGAGAGCUAAAGGAAAUAAAGUUAAUAAAUAGCUUCUCUAAUCUAUCAAAUUCUUCGAUGAAGACUUAUCAGAAAACUUGGGUAACUUGAAUCCCUAGUACAUUAAGCAGUAUGCUAUUCUAAUUAAAGCAAUUUAGCCCUUAUAUCAAACCUUUUUGCCUUCUAUUAUUUAGAUUGGUAAACUAUAACUCCUUAGAAAGCUUGUAGUUAAGUAAAUCUACUUUUCAGCUAAGGUUGAAUCUUCAUAAUACACUAGCUGUCUUGAAACUCUCAACUAUACAAUUCUGCAUAAUUUAGAUGAGAUCAAGGAUAAUGCAAAAAGAACCUUUGUUGAAAGAGAGGAAGAGCUUUACAAUCUUGGAGGAAAUGAGACUCUUAAUAAUACAAGACUAUUAACACCAUAGUAAUUAGCUAUGAGAGCUGAAAAAGAAAGAGAUGCUGAGAAUAGACUUAAAGGAAUGUUAAAAGAUAUGACAGUGGCUCUAGAAGCUAUUGGAUUCGUAAACCCAAUGAAUAAAGUAUAUAAACUCACGAAGGAUCUAGAUCACUUCCCACUCGUUGCUGCUUUGAUAACUCUUAAUGCCCUUACUCAGCUAACUUAUGACCCCAAUAUUUACUCUCUUAUUAGAAAGAAUAAGGAGCUUAUAGUUGAUGGUCCUCACUUUGUUGUCGGUCUCAUUACAAUAUUCAAGCAAUAUCACUACAAUAAUUACAAGAAAUUUAUACUCUACCUCAUUCAUUUCAUCAAAGUGUCAAUCCAUUCUGGAGGACCUUCAUCUCUACUUAGCAAGCAGCUACCAGCUGAUGCGAUGAUGACAUUGAAUUUCUUGGAGGAACUCAUCAAGUACGAUGGAUCUUCAAGAGAAAUUAUCACCAAUAAUCUUGGCACUUACAUCUUUGACUACUAUAAGACCUAUUGA